CCGGGAUAGAAUGAGGCGCCCUUCUAUUGGCUGCUGUUCUCUGGCGUCAGCAAGGAGCGCCCGCCUGUUGCGAAAGUCGUGGAACAGCUGGGCGCGCUACUCGUGCAGAUCCUCGGGCGAGUAGAUUUCAGAACGCGGUGCAGGUGUCUAGGCGCCUGCUGACCUUGGCCCCCAACCCCGUGAGCCCGCGCCCGACAGCUCAGGGCACCCGGCAAGACCGGCCGCCGUGGCCAGGACCCACGUUUUUCUUCAUAGGUUCUGAUGCUGGUGUCCUAUAGAAGGUUGCUCACAGCUCUGCUGCAGGCUCAGAAGUGGCCCUUUCAACCCUCCAGAAAUAUGAGACUGGUGCAGUUCCAGGCACCCCACCUGAUGGGACCUCACCUGGGCUUGGAGUCAGGGAAUGGCGGGGGCGUCAUCAACCUCAACGCCUUUGACCCCACACUGCCCAAGACAAUGAUGGAGUUCCUGGAGCAGGGAGAGGCCACUCUCUCAGUGGCAAGAAGAGCUCUGGCUGCCCAGUUGCCAGUCCUGCCACGGUCAGAGGUGACCUUCCUGGCCCCAGUCACACGGCCAGACAAGGUGGUGUGUGUGGGAAUGAAUUAUGUGGACCACUGCAAAGAGCAGAACGUUCCAGUGCCAAAGGAGCCCAUCAUCUUCAGCAAGUUUGCCAGCUCCAUCGUGGGGCCCUAUGAUGAGGUUAUCCUCCCACCGGAGAGUCAGGAGGUGGACUGGGAGGUGGAGCUGGCUGUGGUCAUUGGAAAGAAAGGCAAGCGCAUCAAGGCCACAGAUGCCAUGGCUCACGUGGCCGGCUUCACUGUGGCUCAUGAUGUAAGUGCUCGUGACUGGCAAAUGAGACGCAAUGGAAAGCAGUGGCUGCUGGGAAAAACCUUUGACACCUUCUGCCCCCUGGGCCCUGCCUUGGUGACCAAGGACAGCAUAGCAGAUCCACACAACUUAAAGAUCUGCUGCCGAGUGAAUGGGGAGGUGGUCCAGAGCAGCAAUACCAACCAGAUGGUAUUUAAGACAGAAGAGCUGGUAGCCUGGGUGUCCCAGUUCGUUACUCUUUACCCAGGGGACGUCAUCCUGACUGGGACCCCCCCAGGUGUUGGUGUAUUCAGGAAACCUCCAGUCUUUCUCAAGAAGGGGGAUGAAGUUCAGUGUGAAAUUGAAGAACUAGGCAUCAUCAUCAACAAGGUGGUGUGAGGGCUCUCCCCACAGGCCCUGGACUUAGGAAGUGGGGCAUCCAUUCUCUCCCAGGGCCAGCUGCCUCUUCCAGGUAGAGAGGAGAAGCUUGCUCUCCUUGUCAAUAAAAUUCUCAGCCAAAGCAGCA